UAGAUCUAUUAGCUAUUAAGUUAUUUCUCAUCCAGUCACCCAUGGCGUCAAACCGGAUACUGAUCAAAGGGGGCAAAAUAGUCAACCAUGACUUCUCGCAGUUUUCCGACAUUUACAUUGAAGACGGUUUGAUCAAAGAAAUUGGAGAAAAUCUGCCGGCGGGUGAUUUGACCAAUUUGAGGAUUAUAGAUGCUACGGGGAGACUGGUGAUCCCCGGAGGAAUUGAUUCCCACACUCACAUGCAGCUCCCAUUCAUGGGUACGUUUGCUGUUGACGAUUUCUAUACUGGAACAAAGGCGGCUGUGGCUGGAGGUACAACAAUGAUCAUUGAUUUUGCAAUUCCGAGAAAAGGAUGCUCACUUAUUGAAGCGUAUGAUACCUGGAGGAGCUGGGCCGAUCCUAAAGUUUGUUGCGAUUACUCUCUCCAUGUUGCCGUUACCUGGUGGAGUGAUAAGGUCAAGGAAGAAAUGGAGAUCCUUGCAAGAGAAAAAGGAGUCAAUUCCUUUAAGAUGUUCAUGGCCUACAAAGACUUAUACAUGGUUAAUGAUAUUGAGCUGUACCAAUCAUUUACAUGUUGUAAGAAUAUUGGGGCUAUUGCUCAGGUUCACGCUGAGAACGGAGAUCUGAUCGCAGAGGGUGCUAAGAAAAUGCUGUCCCUGGGAAUAACUGGCCCUGAAGGUCAUGAGCUGUGCCGCCCAGAAGAAGUAGAGGCGGAAGCCACCCAGAGAGCCAUCACCAUCGCGAGCGCUGUAAAUUGUCCUCUUUAUGUGGUCCACGUGAUGAGUAAAUCUUCAGCAAAAGUUAUUGCUAAUGCACGAAGGGAAGGAAAAGUUGUAUUUGGGGAGCCAAUCGCUGCAGGUCUUGGCACAGAUGGAACUAACUAUUGGCAUCAAGAAUGGAGCCACGCGGCUGCAUUUGUCAUGGGACCACCGCUUCGUCCUGACCCCACGACCCCAACAUAUCUCAUGAACCUAUUAGCUAAUGAUGAUCUGAGCGUCACUGGAACUGACAACUGCACCUUUGACACUUGCCAGAAGGCACUGGGAAAAGAUGAUUUUACGAAGAUACCAAAUGGAGUGAAUGGAGUUGAGGAUCGAAUGUCUGUUAUUUGGGAAAAAGGAGUGCACAGUGGGGUCAUGGAUGAGAAUCGAUUUGUGGCCGUUACAAGUUCUAAUGCUGCCAAGAUCUUUAACAUGUACCCACGAAAGGGAAAAAUUGCCGUCGGCUCUGAUGCUGAUAUUGUUAUAUGGGACCCAAAGGCCACAAGGACUAUUUCUGCCAAAAGCCAUCAUCAGGCUGUAAACUUUAACAUCUUUGAAGGGAUGGUUUGCCAUGGAGUACCCUUGGUGACUAUUUCUGGAGGAAAGGUGGUGUAUGAAAAUGGAGUCUUCCACGCCGUGGCAGGGCAUGGGAAAUAUGUUCCACGGAAACCCUUUGCUGAAUAUGUCUACAGUCGCAUUCUUCAAAGAGAUGCAGUGUGUCAACCCGUGCCGGUGAAAAGAAAACCAUACAAAGGUGAAGUGAUCCAGUUAAAGUAAAGAAGUGUCUGGGAAAACAUGUGGAUGAAAACAAUGAUGCUGGAAAGGAAAGGUCAAUAUUCUAGACAUGUAUCUACA